AUGUUUGGAAUAGUGACUAGACGUCGAUUCUCCAGUAGUAUCGCGUUACUUGGAAAAAGUUAUGGAAGAACAGUCAUUAAUCCUUCUAGUGGGUUUGAGCUUACCAAGCCCAGCUUCAUUCCCAAAUCUUGCAUAAUACUAUCUACUCCAUCAAAUAUACCUAGAGUUAUAGAGCAAGUUAUUCAAAAACUGGAAGAUGGUAUACAAUUCGUAGUAGCGGGUACCGAUUCGGUUGUUCCUAAUUCCAACCGAAACGGUAUCUCAUCUUUAUGGUUUGAUCAACCUUUGAAUAUCGUGAACUCCGUUGAGAUAGAUGAUAUUUCUAAUGACAAUUCCACCCAAAAUAAGAAUUGGUCUAAAGUUGAAUCUAACUUUAGAUUGAAAGUCCUGGAUACUAAUACGUUUGAUAUAAGUCUUGCCAAUACUUCGUUUGUUAGUGAUUUUGGUACUACUUUAUUCUACUUGGAUUCUAAAUUGGAUCAUUCGGGGAAGGCAUUAAAGGAAUUGACAGUUGAAUUACCUAAAGGAAUAGUAACUGAAUCUCUGAAAAUUCAUGAAUUUGAUCAAUGGACACCAUUAUAUGAUCACGAAUCAGAGGAACCCUUUUUGGUAACCGACUUUAAAGGUAAUUUAUUGAAAACCAUCAACAAUAAAUCUGCUUCUGGAUAUUUAGAGAACAAUUCUAAAUUGAUGGGAUUGGGAUCGAAGGAUACAGAGGUAUAUGUUAAAAUAUUUAAGGGAAAUAAUAGUUUACCAUUUAAGUAUAAAGUUGUAGCUGGAGGAGGAGGUUGGGGAGCUAAAGCUAAUAUUAUAGCAUUAUCUCCUGAAGCUAAAAUAACCAAAGGUGAUCGUAUUGAAUUCUACAUGUUGACUCCAAAUGAUAGAUUCAGCGAUGAAACUAUCCCCAUCCAAGAAUAUAUAGAUAAACUUACUAUUGAAUGUUCUUAUGAAGAAAAGGGCUACAGUAGCUACAAUGAUGAUCAAGAAAUCAUUGUUGAAAGAGCAUUUGGAGGAGGAUCAGAAGAAGAAUUUAAAUUCAAUAAUAUUAAACACCAUUCUGCUGGUGAAAGGAUAUCAAUUGACAUGGAUUAUAUAUAG